AUGGCUGUUCCAGUCACAGAGCUGAUCAUGCUGCCCGUGAAAGCAGGAUCCGAUAUAUCUCAAGCGAUACAGACCGCUCUGUCAGUCGCCUCUAAACGCCCGGGUUUCCAACGCGCAUUCUGGGGCCAGCAUGUUGAGUCUACCGAUAAAGUCGACUUGUGGAUCGAUUGGGACAGUCUGGAAUACUGCAUUGCCUACACGAAGUCCCAGGAAUGCGAGCAAGGUAGAGCCGCGUUGCAGCCGAUCUUGAACGGAGCACCAAGUGUGCUUCAUGCCCAAUUUGCUUCAAGGGCCGAUGAAAUCGUCGCAACAUCCCCCGUCAUGGAAGUUGCUUACUUCUUCUCUGCUCAACCUGCAAUCGAGAAAGGGUUUGAGAAGGUUUCAUCCGUUCUGGCGAAAUCCACUGGAUUCCGGGCGAGCAGCUCAGGUCUCACCAUUGAAGAUAUCGGGGAAAAUCCUGGGGACGAGAAACACAAGGCUUUCGUUGCACUUAUUGGCUGGGACUCCGUGGAAGCCCACAUGCAGGCUAUACAAACAAAAGAGGCCGUAGACUCGGCGCCGCAUCUCACAAACCACUUCGGAACGGUCCAAAUGCAUCAUACUAGAUUUCAACCCUUGAACGUCUAG